UCCUCCUGCUGCUCACACACAGCAGCUGUCAAACAAAACCGUUGAAGUCAGGUUCAGGAAAAUCAGUCAACGUUUUUCCACUAAAGAAGCCAGGAGGAUUGUGAACCGCUGCGGUUUCUGCCCGAGUUUGUUUUAAAAUGGCGGGAAAGAGCGAACCUAUCGUUAGUGUUAUCCCUGGGGAUGAGGGGAAGGAAAAGUUCAAAAAAAGUGAGAAUGUUGCUUUUUACAGGCGACAGACGCAGGGUCCCAACCUGAAACACAGACUUCUUUUGGAUUCCCAGGUGAUCAGUGAGAAGGGCGCUUACUUUGAACUGUUGGAAGAAAACACUAAGACCAGGCUGCUUCUCUCUUUGACCCCUUGCAAAAAUGACAUUGUAAGGAUUGUAAUAGAUGAGGCCCGACCCAUGAAGGCACGCUACCGAGCUCAAGAUGUGCUCACUGGAGAACCUCAGAGCGAAUGGUUGAGAGUGGAGAGCCAAACUAAGGACUCCAUCACUCUUUCCUGGUCCUCCGGACAUUACAAAAUCCGAGCGUGGCACUUCCCUCUCCGACUGGAGAUUCUGUGUGAGGAUGAAGUGAUGGUUACCUUCAACUCAAAGGACAAACUGUGGUUUGAAAGCUUACAGAAUAAACCCAGUGAGCUCCAAGAAGACGAGACCAGUUCACUAUGGAAGGAAACUUUUAGGAAGUUUGUGGACAUCAAAGCAAACGGUCCCAGCAGCCUCGGCGCAGACCUCUGCCUUCAUGGGUUCCAGCAUGUCUACGGCCUGCCAGAACACCCAGAGAGGCUGCAUCUCAGAGACACGAGUGAUGGAGAACCCUAUCGGCUGUACAACCUAGACGUGUUUGCCGCCGACUUGUACUGCCGGCUUGGCCUGUAUGGAUCCGUGCCUCUGAUGGUGGCUCACAAACCAGACAGGACCAUCGGUGUGUUCUGGCUGAAUGCAUCAGAAACUUUUGUAAACAUAAAGUACUCCACCAGUGACAAUCAGGAUGAUCAAACACCCCCAGUGAAGAGGAGGCGGCUGCGGCCUCAGACUGAUGUUCACUGGCUCUCAGAGAGCGGCGUGAUCGACUGCAUGGUUCUGCUCGGGCCCAGACCCCAACAGCUUUUCAAACAGUAUGCGCAGCUUACAGGGUAUCAAGCCAUGCCGCCACUGUUUUCCCUCGGUUACCACCAGUGCCGCUGGAACUACAUCGACGAGGCUGACGUGAAGGCUGUGGAUGCUGGAUUCGAUCGCCACAAGAUCCCGUAUGAUGUCAUCUGGCUGGACAUUGAGCACACGGACGGGAAGCGUUACUUCACCUGGGACCCUGCUCUUUUUCCCAAACCAGUGGGUUUGCUGAACCAUCUGGAGAAAAAGAACCGGAGGAUGGUCGCCAUAAGUGAUCCACAUAUCAAGGUUGAUCCUGAUUGGUCCCUCUAUUGUGAGGCCAGAGAUGGAGGACAUUUUGUGAAGGACAGAGAGGGACAGAUCUAUCGGGGCACAUGCUGGCCAGGCGAGUCCUCUUAUCUCGAUUUCAGCAAUCCUGCAACCCGAGCGUGGUACUCCAGGUGCUUCAGCUUCAAUAAAUACAAGGGAUCGACUGCUUCGCUGUUCAUAUGGAAUGACAUGAACGAGCCGUCCGUUUUCAACGGGCCGGAAGUGACAAUGCCAAAGGAUGCGGUGCACCAUGGGGGCUGGGAGCACCGGGAUUUGCACAAUCUGUACGGCUUUUACCAGCACAUGGCCACAGCUGAAGGCCUGAUAUCUCGCUCCGGAGGCUCAGAGAGGCCAUUUGUCCUUUCACGCUCCUUCUUCGCAGGAUCUCAGAGGCUUGGAGCAGUGUGGACAGGUGACAACAUAGCCACCUGGGAGUAUCUGAAGAUUUCAGUUCCAAUGGUUCUGAACCUGAACCUUGCCGGCAUUGCAUUUUGUGGAGCCGACGUUGGUGGGUUUGUGAAAGACCCGGAUCCAGAGCUGUUGGUGCGCUGGUACCAGGUCGCCGCCCUGCAGCCAUUCUUCCGAGGCCACUCUGCAAAUGACACAAAGCGACGUGAACCCUGGCUUUUCGGGGAGGAAGUCACUGCAGCAAUCCGCACUGCCAUCCAACAGCGCUACUGUUUGUUGCCAUACUGGUACACUCUCUUCCACUAUGCUCACACCUCUGGCCUGCCUCCAGUCAGACCUCUUUGGGUGGAGUUCCCGAAAGAGGAGGGCAUCUUCACCGAGGACAAUAAUUACAUGAUUGGGGGAGCUUUGCUAGCCUGUCCUGUGAUGGAACCAGGUGCUAAGACCAUCAAAGUAUUUCUUCCUGGAUCAGCUGAGAUUUGGUACGAUAUCCGCUCUGCAAAGGUGUACAAAGGAGGAAAGAGUUUCAGUCUCCCAGUCAACCUGGACUCUGUUCCUGUGUUUCAGCGUGGCGGCUCGGUGGUCUGCAGAUCAGCAGGAAGCGGCACGUGUACAGCCGAUUACCAAAAGCUGCCCCUGGAUGUCACUGUAGCCCUAAACUCCCAG